AUGACAACAUCUGCAGUGGCAAGAUAUGUAGUCCAUCAUGGUGAUCAUGAGAUUUACGAUGGGUUAGAGGACAUCAUCAGUUGCGGAUAUCUGGAGUUGAAGGAUCUGCCUGAUCCUGAGAUGGACAGCUCCCGAAGCAAUCCGAACAGCAAGAAGCCAUACACUGAUUUACUUCUCCUUGUAUGGAGAAUGCAGAAGAAACAACAGCCAUACAUGCUCCUCAACUCAUGGCAAGAGGUUGGAAUUCAAGGUUCCGCUUUGGUGUCAGUGGGGAGACAGUUUGAAGAUGAAACAGAUGUUCGAGUGGAAGAAGCUCAUCCACACAAUGAUGUCCUCUCUCUCAAGGAAGUGUAGGGAACUUGAGAUGGUAUGCUUACCAAGUUUUAACAUUGCAUGGAGAUCGGCGUUGGCUUGUUUCGCAUCAACAGGGUAAGCAGGACAU